CGGCAACGCAGGCAGCUCCGGAACACGACGCCGAAUGCGGGAGCAGCAGCACGAGCGCAUUUGUGCAGUAGCGCUGUGGAAGGAGACGACGACGCUCGAACCAUUGCUGACGACGACAGCGUCAGGGAACUCCGACAACGACGGCGCAGGGUACGCAUAAACAGCUUCGCUGUAAAAGAACAAGCGGAAGCAAACGACAGACGGGACCCAAGAGGAAGGCGUCAUCGCCGAUUGGUGUCGUCCACCCCGUCCUGUGGCAGCGUGCGCAAGCGUCCGAGUGGCGAUCGCCGAGCUCGUGCUUGUCCAACGCAAUUCGUCGAAGGCGACAGCUGCGUUGCACUGGCCGGACAUCGUAUAAUCGUGAGGCACGCGAAAAAGACGAUCGCCCCGCAGCACGAGACCACGCGCACUUGGUAGAGGGCAGAAAUUGCGCUGGUUUGGACCAGAAGCCGGGAGCACAAGGACGAAGAAGAAGAAGAAGAAGUGUUCGGUGGCACCUGCCCGGUCCUCGGAAGCGCAAGCACAGACAUUUCGACAGUCAUGCUCUUCGCCCUCGCAGUUGUCGCCGCAGCAUUCCUAUUCCUGCUCAAGAAGGUCUCCUGGACUGUGGUGAAGAGCACCAGGCUGCUUCUUGGGCAUUGCUUUCACUGCCUCAUCGAAUGCACUGCCAUGGACCUCAUAAGUCAGGGCUCUGAACACCUGUCUGCGAACAUAGACGAAGCGUUCGCAAGCCUGCUUGCAGCCUGCGGUCAGCAGUCAUUCGCGACGUUUGACCAGCUCUUCAACCACAUUGUAUUAAAGGAGCAAGACAAGGUCGAGAAGAUUGCGGAGGGCAAGAACUCGGAGGUCUUCCGCAUCCAGACUUAUACGGGCGACAGCGUGCUCAAGGUGGUGAAGCUCGGCUACACGCAAGAGUCGCAGCAUCGCCUCUUGACCGAAAUGAAGAUAGCCUCGAGGCUCACAGCGCUAAGAGACAGGCUGGACUUCUUCACGAAGGGCUUCGUCGAGCUCAAGAGCGUCACUUGCGUAUUCGACAAAUGCCCCGCAGAACUCCUCGAGGCCCGAGAACGAGCAGCCCGAACGCUACAUGAUGAGCGCCGAGACGGAAAUGAGUCGGUUCAAACACCUCGAGCCUACCUGGUCUGGCACAUGUCAUACGGAGGCGUUCCUCUCGACAAGAUCGAGUUGAAGAGGCCGCUAAACCUCUGGAGCGUCCUGCACCAGGUGGCGAUGUCCCUGGCCGUGGCCGAAGAGGCACUGCAAUUCGAACACCGGGCACUCUUGCUGCGUCGUGUGCUCGUCAAGUACACGCACGAGUACGCCUCCCGCUACACCAUCCGCGGCCGCGACUAUGUCAUCGAGACGUGGUUUCUGGAGGCCUGCAUCUUGGGCGGCGCCUCGGCCCGUCUCAGCGAUGGCGACACACCGGUCUUCACGGUGAUCAAGGACGAUUCACACGAGCCGAUGGAGCGUCACCUUCUCAACGUGGACAUUAAUAUGAAGAUAGUAAUCAGGAACGACUGGCGCGCAUUCCACCCUCUCACCAACCGUCUAUGGCUCCGCUACGUGACCAAGGAACUGCGUUGGCUAUACAAGCACAGAUUCGGCAGCGACAUGAACGAAUUCGAGGCACCCUUCUGGUGGCAUAUUGGCAGCUGGAAGAAGAAGCUAUUCAAGUACUCUUCGCUAGCCGAAUUCGUCGAAAACCUCCCCCACGGCCGAACGCAAAGACGCCAAGGGGGCUUGACGACGACGACGGGUUGACUGCGCGAGGAGAAACACGUUUGCUCGAAAUUCUUUCGGCAAUAUUGGUGCA